GGACAAAAAAUCACAAUGAAAAGGGAAAGAAACAUGUCAAUGCCACCGUCUGGAGGGCACAACGUUAUUGAUUCGCACAUCUAUACUCGGCUGACGAAUCUGUGGAAAAGUGAGUCGGAGUGGUGGUCUCUGGAAGAGCGACGAGAUUUCAUCAGAUGGGUGCCUAGGGCGCGUAUCACGGAGCAACAAAACAGCAUUGCCAAUCAUCGACUGGCGAGAUAUAUGCGGAAGAAUAACAGAUUAACUUGGGGGCAUUUUGUCGUUUUAAGAGCAAUGUUUGGCGCGUCGCAAUGUGCGAGGCAGGACUGGUGGGAGGGUUUCAAGCGAAAAUAUAAGAGAGCUGUGGAAGAAGCGCCGCCGGGCGUCGUUCCGAGGGAUGUGAAGGAAGUUUUGGAGACAGACAGGAUGGAUUGCCCUCCUAUAAUGAAUAUCCCGACGAUGGAGGUUGAGGAUGGUCAUGUGGGCGAGGAUUGUGGGUGCUCGUGGUGCUUGGAACAUCCGGCCAUAGCGAGGCGAAAGAAUGAACCUGUGAGCCAAGGGGACAGAGCUGUGAAAGCUGAACCGAAGCGGGAAUGUCCUCGGGGGCAGGGUCUGUAUACAGGAGAAGAAGAGUCGCAUGAAGAUUGUGUGCAGAGAAUGGCGCGCGAGGCGGGCGUUGAGCCGGAGGAGACGCCGAAGGGAGAGGGAAUCGACGAGAAAGUGUCUGAGCUUGUGAUUCGGGUGCCUUGUCUCCAGGAGAAGGGGGAUGUUGUCCCUACGGAGUUGUCGAAUACGCGUGAACAAGGGCGCGUGAUUGAGGUGUUGAUGCAGUUGUUGAAGGAGCAGCGUGAGAGGACGGAGAUGUUGGCGGCCAAGGUGAAUAGGGUGGAGAGGGGGUUGAAGAGGAAUAAGAGGCAGUGUCGGGAUAUUAGUCGGAAAGUGAAGAGUCGAAGAGUGAAGAACAACUUUGCUGCGUGCUCAGCAAAUGGAUACGAUUGUGCCUUACAUCUGCUCCAGCAUCCAAGCACUUUGCAUGAGGCUAGUAUCUCGGAUGUGGAUAGCAAUCCCGCUUCCUAUACGACAAUGGCUCUAUAA